CUUGCGUUGGUGGCUGCGUGUGUGGGUGGCUUCGUGAAGGGCAGUUCCGUGAUUGUGUUGCUCAUCUAAUCGGCGCGCUACGGUUGCAUCGCGAGGUUGUGACCAAUACUUGUACUGGACGUUUCACAACCCACACCGAGGCCUGGCAGCGUUGUUUGGCGAGCUCAGUCUGUGGCGCACCCGAGCUAACCCGGCCCCUGGCGGUAGGGGCAUGAUACCGGCCGUCCGCGCUGCGCCGUCCCCAUGAGACUUCUGCCGCCGCUACUGCUGCUGCUGCUGGUGCUGGAGCACGUGCAGCCGGCGACAGCCCAGCCGCGUCUGCUGGGGUGCCGGGACGUCGCUGUGGAUGAGCUGUUGCCGCGCGCCGCCUUCAGCGCCUUCGGCGACAGCGACAACUGCGCCGCUCGCUGCGGCCAGCAAGCAGCGCUGCUGGCCGCAGUCAGCGCCAGUUGGUGCUUCUGCCUGAAUCAGCCGGCAGCGGCGGCCAAUCUGACGUCCCGCUGCGAUGGCCCGGCGCCGUCCGGCCGCGAGAUGCUGCGCUUCUUCUCCCUUCCGGGGCCGGACGUCGGCGUGGCGAUGCCGCCGACGGACGUGAUCGUCGGAUCAGUGCGCCUGACGUUCGUCCGCUGCGCCGCCGGGCCCGUCUCCACCCAACCGGCCAUGCUGGAUCAAUGCGUGCACAACUGCGCCUCUAGCCACCUCAGCUUCAUCGCUCUGGGUCUACUGUCGUCAGGGAGCGACACGUUCUACAACUGCAGCUGUGGCAGCGAGGACGGCUUUGGCGCGACGCUGCCGGCAGCGCGGUGCUCCGCGCGGUGCUGGCGCGGCCAGGAGGAGAUGGACAUGACGUGCGGCGGCCCGGGCGAGGCGUUCAGCGUGUACCAGACGCAGCAGGACGGGCCGGCCUCGACGCCGGCCGCGCGCGUCACUACCCAGCGCUCGACGCUCGGCCAGCACUGCGGCACACCCGAUCGCUGCUCGGGACUGGGCACACUUAUUAACGACUCGUGCUACGUGUCCAUACCCCUGAGCAGCAUUCCCGGAACGAACCAUGACAGCUACCCGGACGCCAAAAGCAAAUGUCAAGCGCGCGGCACCGACUGGCGGGUGUGGGCAGUCGACACGGAGGCAGAACUAGCCGCCAUCUACAAUAACUUCCUUCCGAACUGCGCGCAAGAUGCUCUGACGGUGGUGACCAGUGGUCUGGCGCAGGCGGACGGCUCGGUCCGGUGGGAUGGCUGGGAUUCGGCAGAACCGGCCGGCGACUGGCUGGUGAAGCAGGUCACUGGAACGUCCUCUGCCGGCAAUGUGAUUAUCAUUGAGGACAUCCUCAAACCAUACGGCAGUGAGACGCUCAAGUAUUCCCCGCCAAACGCACUGCCGGAGCUUGCGGUUUUCGUCGUCUGUGAAGCCGGGCUCCUGCAGACAACGACCGAUUCCACACCGACGAGCAGUCAGGCGACUACAAGCCGUCCGACGUCCACGGCCCUAUCGACGACCACGGCCCCAUCGACGCCCACCGCCAGCACACUGACCACGGCCAGUGGUCAGACGACCUCACCCACUAUGCCGACGACCUCACCCACUGCUCCACCAACCACACCUGAUUCUACCACACCUUCCGCUCAGUCCACAAUGCCGAGCUCGAGCUCACCCACGCCGCCGCCAUCCACGACGACCGCGACGCCCGACACCCCUGACAACACAAUCAACGACCUGAUCGAUAAACUCAACGGCACAGCGGGUGAAGACAUUAGCGGUCAGGACGUCAUCGACACGGUGGAUCAGCUGGGCAGCCUGCUGGAGCAGCAGCGGAACGUCACACAGGGCAUGGAUCAAGGCGACCGGCUCGUGAGCAACACCAAGUUUACCGAGGACAUGGUGCGGCUGGUGGACCUGACGCUGGGGGCCACCAACGCCUGGCUGUCUAACAUGACUGAGACUCAGCGUCAGGAUGCAUCGAAGAAGCUGAUGUCCAGCACCGAGAACACGGGCUUUCUGCUGGCCAAUAGUAUGGCAAAAACCGGCAGUGAUGACGUCAUCGAAAUGACGCAACCCAGCCUGGUGAUGUCUGCGAGCUCAGUCAGCAGACGGCACGACGGGAGCUUCAGGUUUCCGAGGUCGGCUGACGUCCAGUCGUGGAUCGAGCUGCCGGCCGGCUAUGCUUUGCUGGCGCCUGGCGCCGGUGACCGGCUGCCCCAGGUGGGCCUGCUGUAUCGCUCCGCCGUCCUGCCGUUCAUGCUCAGCCCGGCCGACAACAGCCUCGACGACUCCGAGAAGCGGCUCAACUCACCGGUGCUGGGCUUCUCGCUGGGCAGUGCCGGUCGGCAGGUGCGGUUCUCGGAGGUGGCCGGUGCUCGGCUGCGACUGCAGUACCGGCGGGCGGCGCGACAGCCGGCCGGCCGGCCGGUGUGGCGUACCCUGUACCCUGGCGAGCGGCCGGCCGCCGUCCCCGGCACGGCCGUCUGCGCCUACUGGAGCGAGCAUGACCUCGAAUGGCGGACAGAUGGGUGUCAGCUGAUGGGUAGCUCCUCCAGCGAUCACGCCACCUGCUCCUGUUCGCACCUCACCAACUUUGCCAUCCUGAUGGAUUACCAUGAAUACGUGGGCACACCACUGUCACUGAGCGUGCUGACCUGGCUGCUGGGCACACUCUCCGUCAUCUGCCUCAUCCUGACCUGGGUUGUAUUCACGUUCACCAGUCCUCCUCCAGAUGUACCCACCGCCGUCAGAUCGCUGCGCUGCUGCCGCACCACCAUCACACGCCACCUGUGCGCCACGUACGCCGCCGGCCUGGUGCUGCUGCUCACUGUCAUGGACCGCCACCUGGUCUACUUGGAGCCCAUCGCCUGCAGCCUCGCCGGCAUGGCCAUCCACUACUGCUUCCUCUCCGUGUUCGCAUGGAGCAUGGUGGAGGGCGUCCACUUGUACAAGGUGUUGCGACACGUGUUCGAACCCAAGAGUAACUCGAUGACCAGGUAUUACAUGUACGGCUACCUGGGCCCUGCGCUGAUCGUGAUCGUCACCAACACGGUGGCGCUGGGCACCGACCAGUACGCCUACGUCCGGGAUGAAUUUUGCUGGCUGAAGGUCCCCUAUUUCAUCUGGUUCUUCAAUGGCCCUCUGGCAGUUGUUUUGAUCAUGAACAUGCUGGUAGUGGUGCUCGCGUUCCGUUCGGCGGCAUCUCUAAAGGUGAAUCAGUUACGGGCCAAGAAGGAGCGCAUCAAACGGUGA